GCGUGCAAGUCAGUCCCAGCCUGCGUCUCUUUCGUGCUUGGGGGUGGGACUGGAGCUUCAGAGCUGUCUGAUUGUUGGGAGGGAAAAGCAGCCUCCCUGGCUCUCUGGAUGGAUUGACUGGAGAUGGAUCGAAUUACACCAUUUGCCGUGCUUGGGUUUGUUUUGCUCUUGGUCUGUCCCGCUGCUGAAAGGGCUGGUGGCGAGUUUCGGGAUUAUAUGGAGGAACCCAAAACCUAAGAAGACCGGAUUUUUUUUCUCCCCUCUUAUUUUUCCCCCCUUACCCCGGUGGGUUUCAAGCUUCCUUGUCAGCCUCCCCCCAUGAGGUAAGCUCAUCCCUCGGGAAAAAAAAAAGAAAAUCUUUACCACCGUCCGAAAGGGGGGGGAGGGACCCCCAAACCCCGGGACUCACAGUCGUGCAUCUUUCUGCAUGUGUGUACAUAUAGAUAGAUGGAUAUUUAUAGUGUCGCUGGAGAGUUGAUUUCUUUUGCAAGGAGCCCUGUCAGCCUGGCGUGCUAGGAGCACACCGAGUCGGAGUAGGAGAGGUUAUUUGUACUCGCCUGUGGCCAGCUCUUCUGCUUUGCUUGAGGUUUGGGGGGGGAGGGGAAACUUGGAACAAGAAGAGGUGCUCUUCCCGUGGCGCACGCACUACCUUACCCCCCGCCCCAAAUAAAUAAGAGGCAUAAGGGGGGGAAGUUGUUUGCCCGGGGUUAAGUCUACGUUGCUCCCCAUUCUGCCAUCAGUCGAACCGGAGUUGUUUGGGGUGCCUAGGCACGAAUGGUUUCUCCAGCGAUGAUCUGAGAGCCAGCACUGGGGUGGGGACUGGGGACCCCUCAUCCCUCCUCCUCCUCACCAGGCUAGGUCCCCCUAGACGGCGCUGGCUUGGAGGCUGGGACGGGGUAGAGCCGCGGGCUGGAGGAUGGACGGACGCACGGACUGACGAGCCUCAGCCCUGGGGAAGGAGCUCCGCUGCCCAGACCCGCGGAGUCAGCCACUACCUGUUCUUGCAGUCCGAGCUACUGCUACUGCUGCUGCUACUGUUGCUGCCGCCGCCACCGCCGGGCUCCCGACGGCUCCUGGAGCCUGCCUGAGCACGCCCGCGGCCCCUCCUCAGAGAAUCCCUGGGGCCCGGACCCCUGAUGCCGUAGCGAUCCCAUGGAGGCACCGCGGGGAUGCAACCCCUUCUUUCCUGCUCGCUGCCCCUGUUGCCGAAACCUGCCGCAGCGGCCGGGGCUAUGGGUUGGGGGGUCUUAAGCCCCCCAACCCCCUCUUCUGCCACCCCACCCCACCCCUUCCCCACUCCUCGGUAACUUUCAAUGCUUUGUUCUGCUCGCAAUGCUUUACACAAGCUUCUUGGACGGGGCCUCCGCUAAGACUGUAAGAGCUCGUCGCUGGGAUGUGUUAGAUUUCCAUCUACCCAUCAAUUAUGGAUGGAAACAAAUAAGGAAGAGUCAAUUUUGCAUGAGCCCCUUCGCGAAGGCGAGGGGCGUCCUCCCGCCUGGAGCCGCCUCUUCUUUUGAAGGCAACUGGCAAAGGGAGGGUGGGGGGAAGACGAGAGGGAGACUGAUGAAGGAGUAGAAGGUAGCUAACCAGGAUUUCUGAGGAGGCACUGCUCUUUUUUUCUUCCUCUUGGCCAACCAUGAGGCCCCCCUUGCUUUGUGCAUAUAUACUGUUAAUAACAGUCUCCCAGUUGAGGGCAGUCAGCUUUCCUGAGGACGAUGAACCCAUUAAUUCCGUUGAUUACCACUAUUCAAGGCAAUAUCCAGUUUUUAGAGGACGCCCUUCAGGCAAUGAAUCUCAGCACAGGCUGGACUUUCAGCUGAUGUUGAAAAUUCGAGACACACUUUAUAUUGCUGGCAGGGACCAGGUUUAUACUGUAAACUUAAAUGAAAUCCCCAAAACAGAAGUGAUACCAAGCAAGAAAUUAACAUGGAGGUCAAGGCAACAGGAUCGAGAAAACUGUGCCAUGAAAGGCAAGCACAAAGAUGAAUGCCACAACUUUAUUAAAGUGUUUGUUCCAAGAAACGAUGAGAUGGUUUUUGUCUGUGGCACAAAUGCAUUUAAUCCAAUGUGUAGAUACUAUAGGUUGAAUACCUUAGAGUACGAUGGGGAAGAAAUUAGUGGCUUGGCAAGGUGCCCAUUUGAUGCCAGACAAACCAAUGUUGCACUCUUUGCUGAUGGGAAACUAUAUUCUGCAACAGUAGCUGAUUUCCUGGCAAGUGAUGCUGUCAUUUAUCGGAGCAUGGGCGAUGGAUCUGCCCUACGAACCAUAAAAUAUGAUUCCAAAUGGAUAAAAGAGCCACAUUUUCUUCAUGCCAUAGAAUAUGGAAACUAUGUUUAUUUCUUCUUUCGAGAAAUUGCUGUAGAACAUAAUAAUUUAGGCAAGGCUGUGUAUUCCCGUGUGGCCCGUAUAUGCAAAAAUGACAUGGGUGGCUCCCAGCGGGUCCUGGAGAAACACUGGACUUCUUUUCUCAAGGCCCGACUCAACUGUUCCGUCCCCGGGGAUUCAUUCUUCUACUUCGAUGUCCUUCAGUCCAUUACCGACAUCAUACAAAUCAAUGGCAUCCCUACGGUGGUCGGGGUGUUUACCACCCAGCUGAACAGUAUUCCUGGUUCAGCUGUGUGUGCUUUCAGCAUGGAUGACAUUGAAAAAGUAUUCAAAGGAAGGUUUAAAGAACAGAAGACCCCAGACUCUGUCUGGACAGCAGUACCUGAAGACAAAGUCCCCAAACCAAGGCCUGGCUGUUGUGCAAAACAUGGCCUUGCAGAGGCUUAUAAAACUUCCAUUGAUUUCCCCGAUGAAACCCUGUCCUUCAUCAAAUCCCAUCCUUUGAUGGACUCCGCCGUCCCAUCCAUCAUUGAAGAGCCCUGGUUCACAAAGACUCGGGUCAGGUAUAGAUUGACUGCUAUUGCAGUAGAUCAUUCAGCUGGACCACACCAAAAUUACACUGUCAUAUUUCUUGGCUCAGAAGCUGGAGUAGUACUUAAGAUCCUGGCAAAGACCAGUCCUUUCUCCUUGAAUGACAGCGUGUUAUUGGAAGAGAUUGAUGCUUACAACCAUGCAAAAUGUAAUGCUGAGAGUGAAGAGGACAGAAAGGUCAUCUCUCUGCAGUUGGAUCAAGACCACCAUGCCCUGUAUGUAGCCUUCUCCAGCUGCGUUAUUAGAAUUCCCCUCAGCCGCUGCGAGCGUUAUGGGUCGUGUAAAAAAUCUUGCAUUGCCUCUCGUGACCCAUACUGUGGCUGGUUAAGCCAGGGAGCCUGUGGCCGCGUGAAGCCCGGGAUGCUUGCUGGAGGAUAUGAGCAAGACACAGAAUAUGGCAACACAGCACAACUUGGGGACUGCCAUGGUGUGAGGUGGGAAGUACAAUCUGGAGAGUCCAACCAGAUGGUACACAUGAAUGUCCUCAUCACCUGUGUCUUUGCGGCUUUCGUGCUGGGCGCCUUCAUCGCCGGGGUAGCCGUUUACUGUUACCGUGACUUGUUUGUUCGGAAAUCCAGGAAGAUCCACAAAGACGCCGAAUCUGCUCAGUCCUGUACAGACUCCAGCGGGAGCUUUGCCAAACUGAACGGUUUAUUCGAUAGCCCCGUCAAGGAAUAUCAGCAGAACAUUGAUUCGCCCAAACUGUACACCAACCUCCUGACUAGUCGUAAAGAGCUGCCGCCCAACGGAGACACGAAGUCCAUGAUCAUGGACCAUCGAGGCCAGCCUCCGGAGUUGGCCGCACUCCCGACGCCCGAGUCUACCCCCGUCCUCCAACAGAAGACCCUCCAGUCCAUGAAAAGCCAGUCAGAGAAGGCUCACGGUGCUUCCAGGAAAGACGCGCCUCAGUUUUUCCCUUCUAGCCCUCCGCCUCACUCUCCGCUAAGUCACGGGCACAUUCCCAGUGCCAUCGUUCUUCCAAAUGCUACUCAUGACUACAAUACGUCUUUCUCCAAUUCGAAUGCCCAUAAAGCUGAGAAAAAGCUUCAAAAUAUUGAUCACCCACUCACCAAAUCAAGCAAAAGAGAUCACCGACGCUCUGUGGACUCCAGGAACACUCUCAACGAUCUCUUGAAGCAUCUUAGUGACCCCAGCAGUAACCCCAAAGCCAUCAUGGGCGAUAUCCAAAUGGCUCACCAGACCCUCAUGCUGGAUCCCAUGGGAAACAUGUCUGAGGUCCCGCCUAAGGUUCCGAAUAGGGAGGCCUCCUUGUACUCUCCUCCCUCUACCCUCCCGAGGAAUAGCCCCACAAAGCGGGUGGACGUGCCCACCACGCCGGGGGUCCCCAUGACCUCUCUGGAAAGACAAAGGGGCUAUCACAAAAACUCCUCCCAGAGGCAUUCCAUAUCGGCGAUGCCUAAAAACUUAAACUCACCAAAUGGUGUUUUGUUAUCAAGACAGCCUAGUAUUAGCCGUGGAGGCUAUAUGCCUGCCACGGGAGGUGGGAAGAUGGACUACAUCCAGGGAACACCGGUCAGUGUUCAUCUGCAGCCUUCCCUCUCCAGACAGAGCAGUUACACCAGUAAUGGCACCCUCCCUCGGACGGGCAUAAAGAGGACACCAUCCUUAAAACCUGACGUGCCACCAAAGCCCUCCUUCGUCCCUCAGACCACAUCAGUCAGACCGCUGAACAAAUACACCUACUGAGACUGGUGCGCUGUCCCGGGGGGUUUGAUCCUGUCCUGGUUGUAGGGAUGAUGUUGGGGGGUGGGGACCUUAAGACAAGAGACUCACUUGUAUUUAAAGAGAACCAAGUGGCCAAAGAAACUGUUUGACUUUGGCAGCGUCAGAACUUGCCACAUGUAGCUACUGCAAGGCUUCAAAGUACUUGCUUAAACAAACAAACAAAAAACAAAACAAAGGAAGGUGCUGGUCAUUCCAUUUCUUUUGUUUGGAGUUAAAGAGGUGUAGCAAUGGGGCUACAUUACCGUUAUAAAUGGCAAACACAGUACUCAGAAGAAUCUGUAAGCAAAUACUUGAAAAUGGGUUCAUUUUAGACUGCCGUGAUGUGUGGUCUUCCCAUUAAAUGUGAACAUUUAAUAUGUAUGCAUUCACCUUGCCUCUUGCACAAAUGUCAAAAAAAGGAUGGUAAUGUCUCCAAGAAAUGAACUUCUAGAUUACCAAGCAAUUUGCUGAAAAUUCAGUCUCUGGCCCAACUGUAGCAUUAUUUUUUUUUCAUGUGUGGCAUUUUGUCUAUGCCACCAACAAACUGUUGUGAUUGUGCACGUGCUUAUGCACGUGUGUGUGUUCAUGCGUGAGUGUGUGUGUGCGUGUGUCGUGUACACACUAGGUUAUACUUAGGUACCCAUUGCAUCUUUUUAUGCUAUGGAAUUGUUUACAUUGAGCAUGACUGAACAACAGACAGCAAUGUCUUUGUACAGCAGUCCACUGGGUUGAGCUUUGAGAUAGAAAAUGGAGCCAGGUCUCAGGUGAUUAGCUCAAAUGAUGUGGGACCCAGUGCCAGAAUGUAAAAAUCCUAAGGAACUUUGUGCUGCUAUUCAUCCAACCUUCAAUUUAUGAUCUUGUCAGUUUUGAGGGAUAGAGGUAUUCAAGAUGAGUCCAUGGUUUUUCCACCAGUAUUUGGUAGUUUGAGUUACCUGUCCACUGUGAAUCUAAACCCCAGUCAUUGUAGAAACCUUGGACACACCAGUGCAAGCUAAUGCAUUGGUUCUGUUCGAUAUUUCCCUGUAGAAAAAUUCUUCUUCCCUAUCCCCUGUAUCCUGAUUCAUGUCUCCCCAUCCUUUCGGUUUUUUUUUCUUUAAGCGUGUGAGAAAGUCAACAUUUGGCCCUACAGAAGCAGUCUGAAAAAAACUUAAUAGUAGUGCAAUCAUUUUGUUUAUGUUGUGUUAUGUGACGAUUUUUCUCCAAAGUCAUGCAGGUUAUGACAAUUUGCUGUAAAUAUUAUGUGUGGGUUUACCUGAAUCUGUGCAUUUUGUGCCUUAUUCAUGAGAAUGGUAAGAGUACUAGAAUCUGUCCGGUGUUCUCACUAUCGCACAUCAUUUUCUGAGUGCUAGUUGUGUUUCUCAACCAGCACCUGAAAAAGAUUUUUUUUAAUCAUAAACUGAUCCAGAACAAAUAAUGAUUAAAACUUACACACAAACAGACAGAAACCAGUCCAACCAUACGGCUGCGGGCUAUCUUUUGCCAUGAUGAACAUUCCACUCCUGUUUUCCUCCAGAUGAAACACUUAGAAUGUGAAAUUAAAUGAGGUUUCCAGGGUAAUGUGACACCUGCCGAGAUCUUGUAAAAGAAAUCAUUUAUGUGGUUUUACUGAAACCACUUGCAGUUGAGGAUGUGCCUCACCAAUGACUGUUUUAGUUAACAUGUUGCUUAUUGAAUCUAAUAUAGAAAGAACCAAGGCAGAGAACACUCCUGAAUUAUUAGGACAAAGAAAGCAAAUUUCAAUUGGCAUAAUAUCAAUUUCUACUACAUUGUAAGGGUGGGGGAAGAGAAUUUCCUGAAGGCUAAGGUUUUUGUUUCUUGAAUUUUGUUUUUCUUUUUUUAAUACACACAACACAGAAUGGAGCAAUUAUUCUUUUCCUUAAAGGAUGUUGCUUGAUAAAGAGCAUUUAUUUCCUGAGAACUCUGGAAACCCCAAAGCUGUUGUCUUUGUUCUUACAACACUUCAAUAACGCAACUAAAUUAUUGUAGAUUAAUAAUGAAUUAAAUCAACCGACCACCACCAACAAACACUGCUCAGUUCACCCACGACAAAUGUUUGUUUGAAUUCACUUUACCAAUAUUAAUCCUGACUUGUGUAAAACUGAACAAUACUUGUGCGUGAGCCCUGAUAACUUUCUGUAACAUUGUGCUGCCUUGUAGAGUGUAAUGUGAGUUCUAUCAGUAUUUAUGUUGAAAUUUCUAACAUUCAAUCUAGUCUCAAUUCUGUUAAUUUAAUUUUUUUAAAUGCUUUAUUCAUUUGUGCAAAGGUAAACACAGAUUGUAUCUUUUUUAAUGGUACGGCAUAAAAAAGUAACCCUAAAUUGAAGUUACUCUAUACUGUUUUAUAGAGUACUUUAACAUGUAUAGAUAUCUUGUAAACUUGUAUUGUGGAUGUGUAAAUACUAUGUACUUUGGGUUUUUAACACCGCAUGUAAAGUCAAAAUAAAAUAUUCAACUCGA